AUGCGCGCGGACCGCGCCGCGCUCUUUGCGUGGCUCGUCUGCUGCGCGACGGCGCUCUCAACGCACAAGUACAGCACGCGGGUCGUCAGGACGAAGUACGGACCACUUCGCGGAAUUGUCGUUCACUCGCAUCCGCAAGUCGAGGCCUACCUAGGCGUACCGUAUGCUACACCACCACUAGGUAGUCUAAGAUACAUGCCGCCGGUGACACCGUCGCAGUGGCGGACUCCGCGGCUGGCGGACUCAUCGGGCCCGGCGUGCCCGCAGGUUCCACCUGUGGCCAUGCCCCGUGAUGAUGCACUUCUAUUACAUCCUCGUGCCCGAAUACGCCAGCUAGAACGAUUGCUGCCCGUCCUAGCCAACCAGAGUGAAGACUGCCUGUACGUCAACCUUUACGUGCCUGUAAAUGGGGGUGAGGGUGACGGCGAGGGGAGUGGACUGCCUUGCCUUGUAUUUGUACACGGCGAGUCUUAUGAAUGGAGCUCGGGGAACGCCUAUGACGGCACAACUUUAGCGGCACAUGGAAACAUCGUUGUCGUCACCAUCAACUUUAGAUUAGGUGUAUUGGGUUUCUUAAAGACUGGUGCUAAGGGGUCGGCACAGGGUAACUUUGGACUAAUGGACUUGGUGGCAGGGUUGCAUUGGCUGAGGGAAAACCUACCAGCAUUUGGCGGAGACCCAGAGAAGGUUACACUUAUGGGGCACGGUACAGGAGCCGCCUUAGCAAACUUUUUGGCGGUGUCACCUGUUGCUCGAGAACUACUGAAGCGAGUCAUCUUGUUAAGUGGGUCGGGGUUGAGUUCAUGGGCGUUGCAGAGGGAGCCUCUCACCAUAAAAAGAAAGGUGGCGGAGCAAACGGGGUGUCACGGGGAUUUGUUGGAAGAUGAUUUAGCGCCGUGCCUGCGCAACAAGCCGCUCGCAGAGCUACUGGCGGUGCGACUCGAGCCGCCGCGCUUUCUGCCCGGCUUCGCACCCUUCGUUGACGGCACUGUCAUUGUCAACCCGUCCGCUGCUCCUCCCCCAACUGACAGUUCAAGAUUAGGCGCUGGCGCAGCGGCGGUCGCCAACGCAGCAGGACAUGAACUGGCCGAUUUCUCUCAUAGAGAACUCUUAUUUGGACUGACAACGACUGAAUCUUACCUGGAAUUUAACGCUCAAGACUUGGAGUUUGGCUUCAAUGAGAGCCGCAGGGAUCGCAUACUUCGCACAUUUGUUCGUAAUGCCUACUAUUAUCAUCUGAACGAGAUCUACUCUACAUUGAAGAAUGAAUACACAGACUGGGAUAAGCCAGUACAAAAUCCUCUUAGUGUUCGAGAUGCAACCUUAGAAGUAUUAAGCGACGGACGGACAGCCGCACCUUUGAUCAGAUUGGGAUAUCUUCACGCCUUACGCGGAGGAACUACUUACUUCACCCAUUUUCAUCAUCUUUCACAAGAUAAAGAUUAUCCACAAAGACCGGGGUCGGUUCACGGCGAGGAACUUCCCUAUUACCUGGGUGUGCCACUGUCAACAAUGCAUCAUCAACAGAAUUACACGCAACAAGAGCAACGUGUGUCAAAACUGUGCAUGCAUUACAUCUCUAACUUCGUUAAAAAUGGAAACCCGAAUGAUCCUUCAGCGACACCACCUCCGAGUCCAAUGUUGGGUGAUACUCCAAGACUGGGUCCCGACCAAACACCAUUUUGGGAUACCUACGACACCAUCAACCAACUUUAUAUGGAGAUUAAUAGCAAACCCGAGAUGCGCAGUCACUACCGCGGCCACAAAAUGUCGCUAUGGCUGUCACUCAUUCCACAACUACACCGACCCGGCUCUGACCUACCCGAUGCCGCGAUGAGACAUCACCAUUUUCAAGAUAACAACGCUAACUACUAUGAAGGUGCUGUAAGGCCACAGACAAUGUCACGGGCGCAUGUGCCGCACGUGGUGGAAAUGGAGGGCGGCCGUGGUGGUGCAGGUUCCCGAAGUACUGUGCCUCCAAGAACUGCACCGCCCCGUGCGCCUCCUGUACCACCUUCUACAGAAUGUCCUCCUAACGCGACUGCACCGACAGUACAUCCUGACGAUGCUUUAUUACGACGCCUCGCAUCAUCACACUACCAGUCCUAUACUGCUGCACUUACAGUCACAAUAGCGGUCGGAUGCUUCUUACUCCUCCUCAACGUACUUAUCUUUGCUGGUAUAUAUCAUCAACGUGGAUCUAGGCCUCGCCGCUCCAAGGACGACCUUGCGGAAGCCGGCAGUUCCUCCUCUUCGGAUAACUACGAUGGCAAACUCGACUUCGAAGUGCGCGCGUUUGAUGGUAAGGGAUUUGGUUUUGACUGUAAAUCUGCACAUGUACCUCGUGCUGUUGGUUCAAAGUUCGAUCUGAGGACGCUAUCAGAUUGUGGUGAGCCAACGUUUGGAGAGUAUAGCUGCUAUGAUGAGAAACAUCGAGCUGCGCGGAGUUCAAUGCCUGAUGUGAGCGUUGGUAGUGCCAUUGAAGCUGGAAGUGUGGUGUGUAUAGACACGCAGAAACCUGAUAUUCAGAAUGUGGAAGGACGGACAGAUGCUGUAGGCCGCACGAGCACGUUUGAACCACGUGUGAUGGACAGUUCGACGCAAGUAAAGUUUGGUCCAGACGGAGCGGAGGCUCCGGUGGAGAGUGGCGCGGAGCCAGAAGCUGGCGGGGGUAGUGGUAUUCUCCGCGCCCCUCCACCACCCGCUGCUUCCGCACCACCCGGUAUCAUGAAAAAGAGAGUGCAAAUACAAGAAAUAUCCGUAUGA